AUGAGGUAUUUGGUUCUUGCCCUGCUCGCAGCACUGGCUCCGGCCAGCGCCGCCUACUCCGGGGACAUUGUGCAGUACUGGGUCGAGCAGUCAGGGGCUCUUGUCAACGGCACCACCAUCGGUAGCCUGCAGUCGCCUGUCUCGGCGUGGUACCAGGCCAUCGUGCAGGCGGCCGUGUAUGAGGCGGCCGUCAAGUCGAGAGGCGAGAGCCUGGCGUUCCAGCAGCUGGCCGUGUCGCACGCCGCCCACAACGCCAUUCUGUGGGCCUUCCACGGCACGCGCAUCUACAACGCUGCGGACGCUGCGCUGAGGGCUGUCGUCCCCGCCAUCGGCCUCAACGUGACCUCGAACGACGGUAAAGAGGCCAUCAGAGUCGGCCAGGACGCCGCGGCGAAGGUCGCCCGUGCCCGUGCGGCCGACAAUAUCGCCAACUUUAUCGACUACGUCUUCGCCCCGGCCACGCCGGGCGUCUACCAGCAGACCCCCGGGUCGAACCCGCUCCCGGACGUGCCGCAGGCCCGCUUCAUCGCUCCGUUUGCCGCGCUCGGCGACAUCACGCGCUUCCGCGCGCCGCCGCCGCCAAAGACCAACUCGGCCGAGUACGAGACGGCCGUCUUGUACGUCAAGGAGUACGGCUCGCUCAACUCGACGGCCCGCACGGCCUACGACACGGACACGGCGUAUUUCUGGAGGGAGUCGUCCGUCACUGGCUGGAACCGCUUCGCGCACUCGGUCGUCGGCAUCGCGCUGGCGACUGAGGUGGUCGAGUCGGCAAAGUUCUACGCGCAGCUCAACUACGCGCUGGCCAACGCGGGCUUUGCGUCGUGGGACACAAAAUACGCAUAUAACUCGUGGCGGCCCGUCACAGCAAUCCAGCGGACGGCGGACCGGUGGGUGGCGAGCGGGCGCGACGUGUCGGACGCGGCGUGGGUGCCGCUGCUGCGGCCGACGCCGUCGCACCAGGACUACGUGUCGACGCACUCGACGUUCGGGGGCGCCGCGGCCGCCGUCCUGCGCGCCUACAACGGUGGCAGUGAUGCCGUGCGCGCCACCCUGACCAGUAACGUCACUAUUGACGCCCGUGGGCCGAUCACGCGCCAGUACUCCAACCUCACUGUCGCCGCACUCGAGAACGCUGCCAGCCGCGUGCUUGGAGGGAUUCACUUCCCGUUUGCUGGGUCUGCCGGUGUCGCGGUCGGUGACGCCGUCGCGCGCGCGACACUCAAGAAGUUUGAUGAACACUGGGACGAGUUUUGA